GCCACCAAAUAUCGCGUUUAGUCAGCGAUUGAUUAUUUGAUGAUGCGUUUGCCGUUUCACAUUAUACCUUCAAUAAGUAAUUAAAAAACUUCAAUUUUGAAUUCGUCAUCUUCUCGAGGACAUCCUGUGUAAGCUCACUGGCUGACCUUCUUGGCACUCAUUCGCCUCCAUCCCACCGCUUCCUGUCAUCGCGUCUGCGAUCUCCGCAACACCAUCCAUCUGUCACUCACUCACCGACGAAAGAACCACCCCUUCGUCACCAACAGCACAUCAUGGGAGCCUCGUUAUCGCGGUUAUGGUCCUUGAUCUGGACUAAGAAGGAGAUUCGGAUCCUUAUCCUGGGACUCGACAAUGCCGGAAAGACCACACUCCUCUACAGAUUGAAGAUCGGCGAAGUUGUUACCACGAUACCUACCAUUGGAUUCAAUGUCGAGUCGGUGACGUAUCGAAAUCUGAACUUUAACGUUUGGGAUUUGGGAGGCCAAACAUCGAUUCGUCCGUACUGGCGGUGCUACUACGCCAACACCGCCGCCGUCAUAUUCGUCAUCGAUUCCACUGAUAUUGAGCGACUGGGAACAGCUGCCGAUGAGUUGGCAGCCAUGCUGAAUGAGGAGGAACUCCGUGAUGCCAACCUACUGGUGUUUGCAAACAAGCAAGACCAGCCUGGUGCCAAGGGUGCGGGUGAGAUCUCAGAGGCCCUGAAACUGGGAGAACUCCGGGAUCGAAACUGGAGUAUUGUGGCCUGCUCUGCCAUCGAUGGCAAAGGUCUCGAUGAGGGCAUGGAUUGGUUGGUGCAAACCCUUCAAUCGGAAAACGCAUAAGCGCUGGCGUCUUUGUGUCGUGCUAUAAAUUUGGUUCUUGAUAUACUCUCUCGAUUCCCUCCGAAUGACUCGGUAGUGCGUUUUUGCAUUUGGGGUGCCUCUUCCCCCUCUUUUCCUUCCUGACUCUGCCGGAAUAUGCAGAGUCCAUGUCCUUAUAUCGGUACACUUUUUUGAUUCCAAAACCUUAAGAUAAUAUCCUAAUUGUUUCGGUGGUGGAACUUGUUUGAUUCUCGCUGGUAUCUGGCAUUGUGUGGAAGCAUUGGACGCUGAUCUGUUCAGCAGAAAUCUCAAUGGACAUAGACUUGAUGAUAGUUGCGGUCUAUGUCCUGUAUUCAGUGAUAUUAUGGAUGUUUAUUUCAAUUAGUUGUUCCAUACAGAGAUAGAACAAAUUGAAUCAUGUGUUGCAAUUUCUGCUAGUCAUGAUGUUGUACACAAAGCCUGUUCAGUAUGCUUAUCUACAGUCAUAUCCAUUAUCUCAAUGCACCUAUCAAGUAG